UUACAGACAUGUGGGAUAUCAAUUAUAUUUGGACGAAUAGUAUCUUUCGACCGUUAACUAAGAAAAUGUGAAACCUUCAUUGAGAAAAUGUAAAACUUUCAGGAAGAUGACGAAAGUGACAAAUAAAAAAGACGAUGAUGCUAAUGAUUUACGGCCAACGAAUCAAGCUGCUGUUGCGCCUGACAAUUUGCUGGUUGAGUUACUGGAACCGAACCCUGCUGUGCAAACAGAGUAUUUUCUUGAAGCUUGUUCGAACAAAGAAGGCGAGAUUACUAACAGUACAAGCGCUAUUGGUAAUGGUUGUGAAUCGAUCGAUAACAAUGAAGAGAGUGCAGGUAAUGAUGGCAAAACGAAUCAGCAUGAACUGAAAAUUUCCGACGUUCCUGUGAAGACAGAAGCCAUUAGAAUAGCGAAUGAGAGAGAGAAAGAAAAAUUACAAAGUGAUGGUGACAGCAGUGAUGGAAAUAAAGAGGGAAUGACGGUAGAUAAUGAUGAGAAAAGCGGAAAUUCCGAAAACAGUAGUGAUACUAUUGAUGAAAACAAUGAUGAUGAUGACAUAGGAGAAGUGGACAAAGAAAUACCUGGAGAGACCGACGAUGAAGAAUAUGUGGUGGAAAAAAUUCUUGAUAGACGAUAUAAUCGACGGAGGAAAAGAAUCGAAUAUUUGAUCAAAUGGGCGGGAUAUGACAAUGAAAGCGAAAAUACAUGGGAAUCUGCAGAAAAUUGUAAAUCUGCUCCUGAUGCGAUUCGUGAAUAUGAGGAAAGUCUGAAGAAAAAUGCGACGAAGUAUUUGCUACGAAGUAGACCAGUAACAAUGGGAAGCGGUUCAAAUGAUGACGAAAAGGAACCAUCAAAAUUCCUAAAAAGGAAAACAGAUGAAAUUAAGAAGGAAUUAUAUUCCGAAGAAAAUAGCAGUGAUGACAGUGAAGAAAUUUCGUCAAAACGUACUAAAGUUGACUGCAUUCUUGGUGUUAAAAAACAGGAUAAUGAAAUCCUGGCAGUGGUGCGUUUUGAGGACGGACGCUAUGACCUUAUACCAACUCAGGUGUUGGUCAGCAAAUGUCCAAAGAAACUAGUGAAUUAUUAUGAGAGAUCAUUAAAGUUCGUCUCAUCGUGAGGAUAUGGAACGUUGUUUUCUUCGAGAAAUAGUUUCAAUUUGUUUUCUUUCUGCGUGAUUCCUGGAUCAUGCUUUUUGCGAGUUUCAGUUUUUUUUUUUUUUCUGUUCGUAAUACAUUAACUUUGUUAGUGUGUGGAAGCCAUUUGACAAACAGCGCG